UCAUCAUCGUCACUAGUAUUUCGCUAUGAAUAUUCUUCCCAAAAAGAGUUGGCACGUGCGUACUAAAAAAAACAUCGAGCGAGUUCGUCGCGAUGAGGCGGAAGCGGCAGCCAAAGAAAAAGAACUCGCGAAACGCACGCACAUUGCCAACUUUGAAGCAUCGUUAGAUAUCCUACGAAAACGCAAUGGGACGGGAAGCCGUGAAAGUCCCGGGGAUGAUGAUGAUAAUGAUCGACCCAACGGCGCCGGAGAGGCCUCAUCUUCGCCGCCGACAGCCAAAGUCGGGGGCGCUUUCGUCGACGCUGCCUGUACGGAGGAGAAUAGCAGUAGUGUGAACAAUGAUGACCAAACAUUGCCUUCCAGCAAAUCGGUGGAUACUGUUAACCCAUCGGGAAGUAGCAGUAAAGUGGAGCAUUUAAAUCUAUUCCGUGAUGUCGAGUUGGCUGAAGGAAAAUUGCAUGGGGGCAAUCUCGAGGCUGCAGCUGAUAAAAAACGCGACCAGGAAGAUUGGGAGAGAAAGGUCGGCAUCUUACAGUACUUGGGGCAAAGUAGCAAUAACGCCGACGGCAAUGAACGUUUCUACCAAAGGUUAGAAAAAACGGUAACCACUGUGGGGGCGGUAGACGCAGGAGAAGGUGGGGGAAUCGUGGAUUCAGCAAAGACAGCCGAUGCGACGACGGCGGCGUUAACAGCAGCUCGGAAACGCGACCAACGCGAGAAGGACGCGCAAGACCCACUGAGAACGAUACAAAAAUAUCUUCUACAGAAGAAACCUGACCGUUCGACGCCGUCGUCACCACGAGCCUCUUCGCCAUGUGCAUCGACGGCCGUCGGUGGCGCCGGUGGCUCAAGCGGCAGCAACUCGGUAUCGUUGGAUCUGUUUCAACGGCAAAAUCAGGCUGAUCUUCGAAGAAUCGAGUUUCUUCCGGAGGGCGUAUCGAACGUCAAACGAAAGGCGAGCAGUACUAGCGGAGAUAAACGCCGACGUCCAAGCAUAUCAUCCUCCUCAACAGAUGAUGAGUACACCCGACGGCAACGAAAACGCAAGAAAGCCAAAAAGAGUAAAAGGCGAAGAACUCCGUCAUCCGAGUCCGACCCCGAAUCCGAAGAGGAGCGUAGACAUCGCAAGCGGUCAAACCUCGAUUUACUUCGACGGCAACGACUAGAGCGUGAAGAAAAAGAGCACCGAAGGACGCGCGAGUAUUUGGCAAGUCUUGUCGGAAAAGUCAGCGACAAACAGGGCGGUGGCAGCGGUUCUGCGGGGGGCAGCACCAAAGACCAUGCCGGACCCAAUGAUCCGGCUGGCGCUGGUGGUGAUACUGACAGAAACCGUAGGUACAACUCACAGUACAAUCCCCACCUAGCCCGGUACUAACCUAACGUAAUUAGCAAAACAGUAAUAAAAUAGAAAAGAGAAAUAAAAUUAAUGAUAAAUAAAUGAGGAAAAAUUAAUAUAAGCUAGUGCUGCUGGACGUGGUGCUAGCCCGUAAAAGCAAUGAUGACAAGCACAGCGCAGUGCCGCCGAUGGUUUGCCAUCGAUACGUUUUGUGUAUAAGGUACUAUUUAACCGAAGCUGAUCGCCAUAAUCGAGCAACUAUCGAGUUGUAAAGAAGCACGUUUUCCAAGCAAAAUAAGCAGCAAAUGUGUUGAAGAACGGAGUUACGCGUCCAGGGACGCAGUGAAGUAAUCCUGUUAAAAGUGGCUCUAGAAGAUUGAAAACGGUUGGUAAAGAUGGAGAAAUCCUCAGCGUCGAGGAGGAGAGCGACCUCGAAAUUUAGAUACAACUAACAAUUACUAAAGCUAUUGAAUAAGGACGCGUCCGAGAGAGGACGUGGCUAAGGUGGUUAUGAAUAUUAUGGAUGGGUACUGAUUAUGAUGAUGAUGGAAUAACGCGACGACGAUGGCAAUUAUAUUGUGGUAGUUAUUGUAUAUUCUAUUACAAACAAAGAAACAAACCGAAAUAGGAAACUGAAUUAAACCAAGCGGUAGGAGGAGUCGUAUAAAUAGCAAAAUAGGAAAGAAUGACGGAGAGUGAUGUACACGCAGAUAGCAACAAACAACAACAAAAACUAAAUACACAAAACAGUAAGAUAAAUAAACAAUAACGGAACAGACAAUGAACACACACAUGAAGUUCACCAAAUAAAAUAUGGAUACAGUAAAGACGGACAUAACAACCUUACACGGACAUAGACACAAUCUAGGCUUAAUAAAUUUAUUUAUUGUUUGCUAAUCGAUUUGUAUUGCUUGUACUUAAAGGUUACUUGUUAAGCUAAUUAGCGAUAGGUAAUGAUGAGGUAUGUAUUAUGACGACGUUGUAUUAAAAGGAAGAUGUGUGUUUUAAUAUCGCAAGCAGCUUAGCUGAACGGAACACAAAAAGCAGGUUAAAUUUCUUGUGGAAAAAAAUCGUUUAUCUCAAAAUGUUCAGCACUAUGAACGUCUCAGAACUUUCUUGUGUACAAUUAAGUUACCGGAAAAAAGCUCGAGCUCAUUGUACCGCUACUCCAUAUCAUUGGCUUUGAAUUUAAGAUCAGACAUUAAGAAUUAAAAACCGUACAUUGCUAGAGUUGUACACGGUGUCUCCAGCGGAAACCAAGCUUGGGCUGAUGUAGCUAUAACUGGAACCAGCAAGGACAGAAAUAAUGGAUAAAAACUCAAACCUGAUGAUGAGUUUACUACAUCGAAGUGGAACUGCCUUGGCACUUUGUGUCAAGUAGAACAUAGGAAAAGCUGGACAUUAUUUUGAAACUAGUCAGAGAACUAUGACGCGUAAUGGUCAUCUGCAGGGCACUUAUCUAAAUCGUUAUUGUUUUCGCUAGUCGUUGCCGUUUUUAUGAUUUUGACACUAACGUUGUUUAUAUCUAUGAAAGUCUAAAAUCCAUAAUUUGAUAGAUCUCUAUAAUUAUAAAUACAAAAACGUUUUUGUAUUGAACGUAUGAUUUAUAUUGUUCGAGGAUUUUUUUUAUGAUCAGUAUUCACGAAUCUAUUGUAUUUGCUGUGUUCGUUUAUUCUCCUAAUUACCUAAUAAAACAACUGCAACAAUAUAGAAAUGUUUACGAACUGUAUAAAAAUGUUAAGUCUUCUGUUUAGUAAUUCAAUACAAAGGUAUAGAUACAAAUCCCAAAUAAGAUUUUAAUAAGUUCCGUGAAAUUAUUGGACAUUUUCAGAAAAUACUUAAGAAUAGUGAAUGUAUGCAAAAAAAAAAUCUUGAAUAUCUUUAUAAUUGUAACCUUUAUAAUCAUUAAUAAUUGUAUAUUUUUUUAUUACAAAACCGAAUAUAUUUUCGACGUUGAUUGAAAAAUGUGUAAACGAUGAUCAAGAAUAUCUCAGAAGUACUAACAAUGGAAAAAAAAAAUGAAAAGCGCCUAUUUAUGAAAAAAGUGUAGGAAAUAUUUUUUGUUCUACUUAUGUUUCAAGCUUGGUCUUCAUCGUAUUCAAAGUUACGAUCGGUGCCAGUAUUGUAUGGAUAACCUAUCAGCUGCCACCAAUGUAUAAUAUGUCCUCGCAAUGGUACAGUGGUUAUAUGUUAGUGAUACAUUCAGGUUCGAAUCCGGGUGUAAACACAUUUUGUUGCGUGCUGGAAGUCAGUCAUCUACACUACAAAGACAGUACUGGAAAGGAGCUAAAAUAAUGUUUGUUGUAUGUGGAACAUAUUCGCUAUUAUCGAAAUGUUGAUAUGAUCUGUGGAUUCAGAACCAGCAGGACGGCACAGACUGUUGAAAGAUCUAUAAUUAGUACUACAAUAAUUUUCACUAUAAUAUAAAUAACAUAAGAGCAACACGCAUGAUGGAACAGUACGAUAACGAAGUACGAUGUUUGCAAAACCAUGCGCUCAAUGUUAGGGAAAGAAAGUCCAAGUCACCCGUUUCAAAACUGUUGUUACUGAGACGAUAUAGGUCUAUGAGCCAUCCGUUGGUAUCUGUUGGUCACGUUUUAGUUUACUUUUCCAUGUACAGCUGACUAAGAGUUUUCAGGCGAAAUGCUAAUGCAAAAAAAAAUACGAAUAAAGAUCAAAUCUGCUCUUUGAAGUUUAGCACACGUGUGUAUAUUAUAUAAUGCUAUACAGAUAGUUGUGAGUGCUCGUUACCUUGAAAGCUUUUAGGACGCGUAGAAAACAUUGCUUCGUGAGCAACAUUAAUAAACCUGUACAAAAAGUGCACCUUAAGCCGAUUGUAAACGAAAACACAUUGCAACAGUAGUAUUGCCUUUAUCACUACAGAUAUAAUUAAUGGUAUAUAUUUAAUUGAAAACAGGUUAAGCUAUUGCAUUUAUUAGCAGAACUAUCAAAACCACGUAGGAAAAAAGAUCAUCAUAGAAAUAAACUUCGAAUGAUGGAAUGUCUAACCGUGACGCCCUCGAAACAUGUAGAACGAAAACUCGAAACAAGUAGACACUGAAACUUUACGCAUCAUCCGUAACCUUUAUCCAUAACAAACGACUUCCGAUUGAAGAGCGAACAAGGAUCUGUGUUCUCAUGAUGGUACUAGCUAAGGGCCAAGUCGGUAGGGCUAAAAACUAAGCUGUCUAAAAUAUAAGGCGUAGCGGUUUUUUUUAAGAUUUAGAAACUGUUUAAGUUGUCAAGUAGAUUUCAUUCCGUUAAGAAAACUGGCCGGGUAAAUAGUUUACACUAUUUAUUUUAUAUUAUCUACUAUAUUUAUUUAUUACACUAUUUCACACAACACUUCGUACUCGGGCACACUUA